GCGGGCAUCCUGUCUGGGGGAGGGGACGUGCGCGGAGGGCGCUCCCGCGGGGCCGGGCCGGAGAGCGCAGCGACGGCCGCCACCAGCCCUAACCAAGCCGCUGGGCCCUGCUCGGCGCGCCCGGGGACCGCCGCCGGCGCCAUGGACCGAGGCCGGGUGCUGGAGCAGCUGCUGCCUGAGCUCACGGGGCUACUCAGCCUCCUGGACCAUGAGUACCUCAGUGACACAGCCCUGGAGAAGAAGAUGGCUGUGGCCUCCAUCCUGCAGAGCCUGCAGCCCCUCCCAGCCAAGGAAGUCUCCUACCUGUAUGUGAACACAGCAGACCUCCACUCUGGGCCCAGCUUCGUGGAGUCCCUCUUUGAAGAGUUUGACUGUGACCUGAGCGACCUCCGGGACAUGCCAGAGGAUGAUGGGGAACCCUGCAAAGGAGCCAGCCCUGAGCCAGCCAAGAGCCCGUCUCUGAGACACUCAGCCGACCUGCCUCCACCGCUUCCCCAACGGCCCCCGCCGGAGGACUACUAUGAAGAGGCCCUACCCCUGGGACCGGGCAAGUCCCCUGAGUACAUCAGCUCCCACAGUGCCGCUCCUUCCACCAACCCCACAGAUGGCUGCAGCCCAGCCCACUCCAUCAUGGAUGGCUACUAUGAGGAUGCAGACAGCAGCUACCCCGCGACCAGGAUGAAUGGGGAGCUAAAGAACUCCUACAAUGACUCGGACCCAAUGAGCAGCUCCUACGAGUCCUAUGACGAGGAGGAGGAGGAAGGCAAAGGGCCGCAGCCCACACACCAGUGGCCCUCAGAGGAAGCCUCCAUGCACCUGGUGAGGGACUGCAGGAUAUGCGCUUUCCUGCUGCGGAAAAAGCGCUUCGGGCAGUGGGCCAAGCAGCUGACCGUCAUCAAGGAGGACCAGCUCCUGUGUUACAAAAGCUCCAAGGACCGGCAGCCGCAUCUGAGGCUGGCGUUGGAUGUCUGCAGCGUCACCUACGUGCCCAAGGACAGCCGGCACAAGAGACACGAGCUGCGUUUCUCCCAGGGGGCUACCGAAGUCUUGGUGCUGGCCCUGCAGAGCCGGGAGCAAGCCGAGGAGUGGCUGAAGGUCAUCCGAGAGGUGAGCAGGCCUGCCGGGGCAACGGAGGGCGCAGACGUGCCCAGAUCCCCCGUCCUCCUGUGCAAGCUGGACCUAGACAAGAGACUGUCCCAAGAGAAGCAAACCUCAGACUCGGACAGCCUGGGCAUGGGUGACAGCUGUUCUACUCUGGGCCGCAGGGAGGCCUGCGACCAUGGCAAAGCGAAGAAGAGCAGUCUGGCAGAGCUGAAGGGCUCAGUGAGCAGGGCUGCUGGCUGCAAGAUCACCCGCAUCAUCAGCUUCUCUAAGAAGAAGCCGCUGGCUGACGACCCGCAGAUGCCCUGCUCCGAGGAGGAGGUCCCGUGCUGCGGCUACCUGAACGUGUUGGUGAACCAGGGCUGGAAGGAACGCUGGUGCCGCCUGAAAUGCAACACUUUGUACUUCCACAAGGAUCACACAGACCUGAGGACCCAUGUGAAUGCCAUUGCUCUCCACGGCUGUGAGGUGGCCCCAGGUUUUGGGCCCAGACAUCCAUUUGCCUUCAGGAUUCUGCGCAACCGGCAGGAGGUUGCCAUCUUGGAGGCAAACUGCUCCGAGGACAUGGGCCGCUGGCUUGGGCUGUUGCUGGUGGAGAUGGGCUCCAAAGUCACUCCCGAGGCGCUGCACUACGACUACGUGGAUGUGGAGACCUUAACCAGCAUCGUCAGUGCUGGGCGCAACUCCUUCCUAUAUGCAAGAUCCUGCCAGGAUCAGUGGCCUGAGCCCCGUGUGUACGAUGAUGUCCCUUAUGAAAAGAUACAGGACGAGGAGCCCAAGCGUCCCGCAGGCGCCCAGGUGAAACGCCAUGCCUCCUCCUGCAGCGAGAAGUCCCAUCGAGUGGAUCCGCAGGCUAAAGUCAAGCGCCAUGCCUCCAGUGCCAAUCAAUACAAAUACGGCAAGAACCGAGCUGAGGAAGACGCCCGGAGGUACCUGGUAGAAAAAGAGAAGCUGGAAAAAGAGAAGGAGACAAUCCGGACAGAGCUGAUGGCACUGAGGCAGGAGAAGAGGGAGAUGAAGGAAGCCAUCCGGAAUAAUCCAGGGACAAAGUUAAAGGCUCUGGAGGAGGCCGUGGCUGCCCUGGAAGCUCAGUGUCGGGCAAAGGAGGAGCGCCGGAUUGACCUGGAGCUGCGGCUUGUGGCUGUAAAGGAGCGACUGCAGCAGUCCCUGGCAGGGGGCCCGACGCUGGGGCUCUCCGUGAGCAGCAAGAACAAGAGUGGGGAAACUGCAAAUAAACCCCAGAACAACGCCCCAGAGCAAUCUCUCCCUGUCAACUGUGUUUCUGAGCUGAGGAAGAGAAGCCCAUCCAUCGUAACCUCCAACCAAGGAAGGGUGCUACAGAAAGCCAAGGAAUGGGAAAUGAAGAAGACCUAGAAAAAGGAUGAAGAUUUCAUUCCAAAGGAAAUACAAGAUUGUAUUGGAAACACUUUUUUUCACAAGGAGACGCCAGGACACUGGAAGUAGCCCCCACUGGAAGUAGCCUCUCCAGGGCACCCAGAAGACCAGCUUUUACUGUCUGCAUGAUUACAGGGGAAACGGGGAGGGAAGAAAUGGAAGGGAGGAAGGACACGGAGGGCGUCCUUUUAACUUCCCAGAGGGUGGAAAACGGGGAUGGAGGGAGAUAGAAAUCUGCCCCACUGUAAAGGUUUUGUUAACUGUCUUCGCCCUCACUUCUGAAGAAAUGAAAGCCCACGUGAAUAAGCCAUUCCAUCCCAUUCUAGCGUCCCAUUCCCAGGCUAUAGGGCAAAGGAAGACAGUGCUGAAGCAUCAGUAGGUAGUACAGUACAAAGAGCCAAGCUUUGAUCAUCUGAUCACACUUGUGCCAAGUGGAUUCAUGUGGGGCAUCACUGACAACCUCUGGGCAACAUAAAGAGGCCGAAAAAUCAAUAGAAUUUCCCUGCCUGCGUGAACGUGAACAAAAGCUACAGACAACACACAAAUUCUGCAGUCAUUCCUUCUGUGUUUCAGAGCUGGGCGGGUGCGGCUACCAGAACCCUGCAUUUGAGGUGCUUUCAAAUUAGAGAUCUGCUACGCAGCAGGCGAGGGGAGGCUCAGCGGCGGACUUGUUUUCAGUCCACAGUGAUAGUGACAGGAACAUGGAUUCCUAAUGUCCACAGGACAGUGCAGGCAUUGUAGGGUGGGGUCAUUUGCAGUCAUUCAAGUCCUUUACCUAUUUCAUUUGACACUCAGGCUCCAGGAGCUAGGGCUAGAGAACCAAGUGACACUCUGUAUAUCUUUAUCCUGAUUUUGCACUUAAAGGCUCUCCAGUCUGCACUCCUGUACCUGCUGUCAAGGAAAACUAUCAGGGAGAAUCAAAGGACGGUGGCUCAUUUCUGCCGGGAGUGCCUUUUACUAACACUUGAUACUUUUAUAGGGAAGCGGGACCUCAAGUCUUGGGUAGUCUCCUUACUGUGCCACUCACUGCUUUCUCAACACUGUAGGCACUUUUUAGGUCUUUAUAUCUCCUUCCAAAAAAAGAUAAAACCAGUUAACUGCUAAGAGCUCAAAGGUGAGCUCCAGAGAGAGAAACACACAUACACACACACACAGAAUAACCUUUGGACACUUUACCCUACCUAGGGCUUGACAUACUUCUGCCUUAUCCAAACUUUACCACCCUUUGAGGUAGCUGAGGACCAGAGCAGGGAAAAUAGCCUGACCAAAAUCACCUAGCUGGUCCGUGGCAGAGGAAGAGACUUAGGGCCUGUGAGCCUGGAUCCAGACAGAGUUGGAUUUGAGCCUAGCCUCUGCCACUGCCCAGCUGGUUAAGUCUGGGAAAGUCACCUGACCUCUCAUUCUUUUCUUUAUCUACAAAACCCAGGUUAACAGUUCCAUAUCCUCCCCCCACCCCCAAGACUAUUGGGGAAAUUCAGUGAGAUAGCACAGGGGAAGCAUCUUGCACUGUCUGAGAAAGAGGAAAUGCUCAGUCAAUAGUGGCCCUUAUUAUUAGCUAGAUAAGAAACGUCUGACUAAAAACCCUGUGUUCUUUCCACUGAAGAAAUGAUGUUUAUAUGAUAAUCACAGCCAUCAAAAAGCUAAAAAGCAACUAAUCCAUAACUGACAGUUUUCAUCCAGAUUCCAUUUAUCUUCAAUGAAAAAGGAGCUCACAUAAUCUACAUUGUUAAUGUUCUUUUUUAAAAUGUGGACCCUGGAAUGACACCCAACACCCCAACUCUGUCCUCGGUGUGUAUUUUUUCUCGUGCGGUUAUUCUGCGGUUGAGCAUUUUUCCCCACUGAAAGACCUUGGGAAUCCUUGAGAGGGGAACAGUGAGCACCCCACGCAUCAGCUACUGUGUUAGCCAAGGUUCACAGGCACACAACCUGUGCAGUCACAAAGAUUAGUGGGGCCCUGAGCUUGGUUUAGUGCUCUGCUGUUAACCCUCUCAGUAAUUUUUGAACAAGGGGCAUCACGUUUCCCUUUUGCCCUUUAAAUUGCAUAGCCAGUCCUGGUGCUAACUAAUCACUUUCCCAGGCAUUUUCCCUAAAACUCUGUGACACAGGCUCUAUUACCCCAGUUUUUAGUUUGGGAAACUGAAGCCCAGGGCGGUUAUGUAACUUGCAUGACCCAGAGUGGUUAUGUAACUCGCACGACCCACAGUUAGUAAGUGAUGGAGCCAGCCGCCCUUCCUCUUAGUCCAAGGUUCCAUUUCAUCCACGUCUUACCCCACCACCCAUCUUGCACUGCAGCAUUCAGAAGCACACUAGCACCUCAUAAACAGACUAAUGAAAGAUGUACAUAUGCAGCACAUUUGGUAUAAGCUAGUUAGCUAAGAGAAGUGCAAACAAAAUGGCUAAAACAUAGAUGCCAGUCCUCAUCUGUUAAAAUGCCUUGUUUGAUUUGUUUUGUUUUGUUUUCAAGGUAUAGGCUCAUGGGUCUAGGGGGAUUUGAAGCUCCAUCCUUUCCGACACUGCCAAGUGUUGGGACUAUCAGGAUUUCUGGUGUCCCUAAAUCCUCAGUGGGGGACCCUGAGCAGGUGUACCAACCUCUGAGCCUCACUUUUCACAAAUGUAAAAGCAGAUCAUAAUCCCUCCUUAACCCAUGUUGCUCUUCUCCUGAGGCCAAAAGGAAACAUCAGGUGUUGGUUACAACACAUUUGGACUGGGCCUUGAAUAGAAUUAAAAGAUGCAAAAGUCUCCAGCUCUGUCCUCAGGGAACUCACAGACAAGU